AUGGCGAACUCACAGGAGCAUGCAACCACUGUUGUCGAUGACAUCGCGGUCUGCAAGGGUGACCUGAUUAGUGAGCUGAGAAAGGCACAGCAUAUCCUACGGGGUAUAGUCCGAGACAGCCGUUGCUGUGUCUGCUGGGGUGUUCUGCAAAAGACGUAUGUCGGCCAAUGUGGACAUAGCAUGUGUAUGAAGUGCGCAUCGCCAAUGUUCAUGGCCAUCACUGAGGAAAUCCAAUUGGCAAAGUGUCCCCUAUGCCAAGAAGUCAUGAACCACUUCCACUUACCAGGAAGGGGAGGACCUCCCAAAAUUACGCAUUCGUACACAAUAGAUCACAUUUACGAGCCUUUGCGUCUGUGGGCGGCGGAAAACAUGUCCACAGAGACUGGUGAGCUUACGACAAGCCCAGAGAUUAUUCCGAGAAGACUGGAGCAUGGGGAUAAUUCCCAAGACGAUGAGACCUGCGAGUCUAGGGCUACUGAUGAUGUUUCGAGAAGACUAGAGCCUGUGGGAAAGUCCCAAGACGACAAAAACUGCGAGUCCACUGACGAGACGAUGGAACCGUUCCACUGGAUUGCUCUCCUCCUCAUUGUUGGUACAUUUGUAUUGCUGUAG